CCUUUAAAUUAACCCAUAACCCAAGUUGCUGAGGAUCCGUGCCUACUGAUUUCAUUUCAUUGCACACACAGGGGGUGCUUAGUUGACAGAGGGUCGGUCGAUCUUUCGCUCUGCCCCCAUCUAUAUCUCCUCUCUCUCUCUCCACAUGCUUUCAUAUUCCUGCACUAGGAAGGCGUAUUGGGCAGCAUCCUGCCGCACACAUCACACACACACACACCAGGGAGUAUAUCCCUGGGUAAGUGGGUGGCAUCCUUACCACGCAGGCGCCGUAGAGGCAGCGGCAUGAGUUCAUAUCGCCGGACUCGUCGUCUGGCGAGAGGCCACACGGUUUUCCGUUACUGGCGUCGGACGCAAUCAUCUCGCCGUUCUCGUCUUGAACGUAGCCACCACACGAAUCAGUAAUGGCAGCACAAGUGCCUGGCACACACACGCACCCACACACCGACCCAUUGACGUGUGGUCCACACACUCAGACACGCCCAUGCAUACUCCUCACCUUCUUGACUGCCACCUUUCUUCUCCUUUUUCUUGCCAAACUCGAAGGGAGAGUCAGCGUCUUUGGCAGAGAGUGCGCCUGCCUGCCCCUCGGCGAUGAGAUCCAUCUGCUGCUGGGCGGUGUCGAGGGUGGCGAGGGCGGUGCUGGCCAGCUGGUGGGCCGCCUCGCUGACCUUAUUGGCCACCUCCAUCAUGGCCUUGGCCUGCUGCAGCUGCUCCUGCUGCUGCUGCUGCACGAGCGACAGCUGAUGCUGACGGCCGGACGCCCCAGACCACACACUGUGAAGGGCCGUCGUGGCCGUGGUGGCGGUUCCGGUCAGCUCAUGGCCGGCGGCGACGGACGGCAGGCCCCCUACACGAAAACACGUUUGCACAAGACACAAACGUACAAUGCACCACAGAAACCUUCGCACAGGCCCGAAGAGACGAGCUGCAGCUCACCCACCACUCGUCUGCUGUCCGGAGACGGCAAGAGUGCCGGCGAAACAGAAGAAGAGCAACAGGCGGACCAUUGCUGACUGACGAAGGGGAUCGGAUGGGGGAUCAACAAAAAACCUUACACACGCGGCUGGACGGCUUCUCAGAGAGGGGAAGAUGUCG